UCAUAUGACAACAGGAAAAAAAAAAUAGGGACAAAUAUCUCAUCUUGUGACUAAAUCUAAAUUUCUUUUUUGGUUUUGGGAAAAAGAUUUUGUCUUAAUUAUUGUAACAAUAUUGUUUUUUGUAAUUAGUUCAAAAUGAAAAUCUGCGGGCCAAAAUUAUCACUAUGCGGAUUAAUCAUAUCGAUUUGGGGAAUUGUUCAAUUGGUUCUCAUGGGAGUAUUCUACUGGAUGCAUAGCGUAGCAUUAAUUGAAGAUCUUCCAAUUGAAGAAGAAUAUCAUGAUCCCAAAUUAUUUUAUUCUGAUGUUAAUAGCGCUUACAACCAGAAUGCCAUUAAUUGUUGGAUAGCAGCUUGCAUCUAUGUUGUAACUCUAUUGAUUUCAGCGCAACAAUUUCAUGCGAACAGCAGAAUUACUGCAAAUUGAAAGAAUUCACUAAAUAAAUUAAAAUUAAUUAUUGUUAAUUUGUUUUAAAAAACCAAAAUAAUUUCUUGAUGUAUGUAAAAAUUUAUAUUUUCCAAAUAUUAAAAUGUAAUAAGUAAAAACUUAUCAAACUAUCAAAAUACCUAUUUAAUAUAGUUCAGUAUUUUAAUUUUGAAUCUAUGAUGUA